CCUCCUGACAUGGGUUAUAAAGAGAAGCACAGCUCCAGUAUGCAUCUGCACAUGGCGUUAUGAUCACCUUCUACCUCCAGUGACUUUUUUGAACUGUUUUGAAUAGGCAAACAGACUCUCUAGGACAAUUUACCUUUCCAUUUUCUUCCUUCCUUCUUUGAGUUUUUUGGACUUGUAUGCAAUCUCACUUACACAGACAGCUCACUCACAAACAGUGGAAUACUCAAGUAAAACAGUCUUUUACGGCUUCAGCUCAGAUGUGUGUACUUGGACAAGAGAAAGGACAAAAUACUUUGGUGUGAGAUCGCAUAGAUGAACCACUAUGUGUCAACACGCUCCAGUUACACACAAUAAGUGAUCCAGACAGCGUCUGUGGAUGAAAUGGUUACAGCUUUCCUCAAUGAAAGGCAAGCCACUAAUGAGAAGAUGGCUUUAGUAAGCAAUGCACUGGCUGCUUACUCCUUCAUAGCAGAUCACCCGGAACGGGCGGCACUGUAUUUUGUGUGUGGAGUGUGUUUGGGACUGGUUCUCACUCUCAUCGCGUUAGUGGUGCAGAUCUCCUGUCGAACCGACUGCAAAACGCAACAAGCGCCCAAGAAAACAGGAAAGACUUUGGAGAGCACCAGUGACACGAGCGACAGCGAUUCGGACUGGGACAAUACCUCCGACCUGUCGGCACGCCGCCACCGGCGCUUCGAACGGACGCUCGGUAACGUGUUUACCUCUGCCGAAGAGCUGGAGCGUGCGCAGCGACUGGAGGAACGCGAGCGGAUUAUACGGGAGAUCUGGAUGAACGGACAGCCGGACAUGCCGGGCACGCGCAGCCUGAACCGCUACUAUUGAAGUCUCUGAAGCAAUGAGACUGGAAGUUUUGAGGAAAUAUUCAACUAUACAAUUUUGGGAUACAGUAAGGGACUGAAAUAUGAGAAAAGCAAACACUUACGAA